UGGAUUAAAGCAUUAAACAAGUUGAAAUUGACCCUAACUUUACCUUUUCGAUAUCCAGAUUGAGCCACUUGAAUAUCAUUUUCACAAGCUGACGUGUUCAACUCCCGGACAAUCGGCUCGCCACAGGCGGAUACCCGCCACACGCCUUCGUGUGCCAUCCUCCAUAAACAACACCCCCUUCAUAUUCAAACACACGAUUCAACUCUUGCUACUCCAUCUUGUCCACAGCGCAUCUUCAAUUUGCAGAGGUCAUUACAUCAACAUUGAGAUUAAAUCUUUCGAGAUCAGCUCCUAUGGAUGAAAAUGUCGAUACGACAAAGAAGAAAUCGAUUGGCAGAUCUUCCUUGAGCAAGAAGAAUGGUGCAAAGGUUCAUAGGAAGAUUCAUAAAGCAGAACGAGAGAAGCUGAAACGUGACUAUAUGAAUGACCUAUUUUUAGAGCUCACAAAAGCUUUAGAACCAACUAAUCAGAACAAUGGAAAGUCUUCUGCAUUGACCGACACUAUUCGAAUUCUCCGAGACCUCAUAGCUCAAGUCGAAUCUCUUAAGAAGGAGAAUUCCGUCCUUUUAGCCGAAUCUCAAUACGUUGCUAUUGAGAAGAAUGAACUAAAAGAGGAAAAUGUUGCCAUGGAAGCCCAAAUUAAAAGGCUUCAAAGCCAGAUAGAUCAAGCAGCGGGGCAAGUUGUGGGGCCCGUAUUCGUAGUGCCUAUACAAAAUGACCCGAAACUUUACACCGAACCCAAAAUUGGGUCAAAUGUGAGCAAACCACAUGCUCGAUACCCGUUGCCUUCUGAUUCAUGGCCAUUUAACAUUCUUUCAGAACAGGGAAGAACAGAUUAGAAUGGAAGUGAUUCUUGUUUUUAUGGUUAGUGAGGUUUGUUUAAUUAAGUGAAAUAUUAUGUGAUUGGGGUUGUAAAUCUAUUUUUUUCCCUCAAAAAGUCAAGUUGUAUGUGAUUGGGAUUCAAAGUUACGAUGUGUCCAACUUGAUUGAGCCGAAAAAAUAAAUGCUUCAAAUGAUAAAGUUUA